AUGGUCCGUCUGAGGGAGAUCCCAAGGACGGCCACCUUCGCCUGGUCUCCGGGGGCUGCAUCGCCAUUGAUCGCAACCGGAACUCGCGCAGGUGCCGUCGAUGUCGAUUUUUCCAACAAAACAUGUCUCGAGCUCUGGGAUCUUGGCCUGGAUCGUCAGGAUGCUAGCGAAGAGCUGAUGCCCAUAGCUAAGCUUGACACCGACUCUGGCUUCAAUGACUUGGCUUGGACUGAGUUUGACGAUACGAGACGUGGUGUUAUUGCUGGUGGUUUGGAGAAUGGUUCUUUGGAUCUGUGGAACGCCGAUAAGCUGCUUGCCAACUCCAGUGACUCGCUGAUCUCGAGAACAUCAAACCACUCCGGUGCUAUCAAGGCCCUCCAAUUCAACCCUAAACACUCGAACCUUCUGGCCACUGGUGGUGCCAAGGGCGAGCUCUUCAUCUCCGAUCUGAACAAUAUCGAGAACCCGUUCCGAUUGGGUACCAAUGCGGCUCGCACAGACGAUAUCGAAUGCUUAGACUGGAACAAGAAGGUCGCACAUAUUCUGGUUACUGGUAGCAGCGCCGGUUUCGUGACUGUCUGGGAUGUUAAGACAAAGAAGGAGAGCUUAACCCUCAACAACAUGGGCCGAAAGGCUGUCAGUGCUGUUGCAUGGGACCCUGAGAAGCCUACCAAGCUCAUCACUGCUACUCCUCUUGAGUCGGACCCCAUGAUUUACGUCUGGGAUCUGCGAAACUCGCAUGCCCCGGAGAGGACUCUCAAGGGCCACGAAUCUGGAGUGCUGUCGCUUGCUUGGUGCGAGCACGACCCCGAUCUUCUGCUGUCUUCCGGCAAAGACAACCGCAACAUCUGUUGGAACCCGCAGUCCGGUACUCCUUACGGUGAAUUCCCCGUUGUCACCAACUGGACCUUCCAGACUCGCUGGAACCCUCACAAUCCCAACUUCUUCGCCACCGCUUCAUUUGAUGGGAAGAUUUCGGUGCAAACUCUCCAGAACACCAAGACCGAUGACGCGCAGGCGAUUGCCGACCAGAACCAGAACCUUGAUGGCGAGGACUUCUUCGCCAAGGCUCAGACGCAGCCACAAGUCUCUAAAUUCUCCCUCCCGAAGCCUCCUCGCUGGCUCGAGCGGCCCUGUGGUGCCUCAUUUGGUUUCGGUGGCCGCGUUGUCUCUCUCGGUGUCUCCGAGAAGGAUUCUCGCGUAUCGAAGGUCAAAAUAACUUCUUUCGAAGUUGAUGAAAGCGUCGGUAAUGCUACUGAAAGCUUUGAGAAUGCUUUGAAGGAGGGUGACCUUCGCAGUCUCUGCGAGACUCGCGCGGCUGGCGCUUCCAGCGAAGAAGAGAAGUCUGAGUGGAAGGUCAUGCAGGCUCUGCUCUCUGAAAACCCUCGCAAGGGCCUGGUGGAGUACCUUGGCUUCCAAGACUCGGCUGACGAGGCCGCCGAUAGCUUGUCUAAGCUUGGUCUGGAUAAGAAGGAUGACGAGGAGACCCCCGACACGGCCGAGAAGCCCAAGUCGAAUGCCAAGAAGCACAAGCGCUUGCAAUCCAUGUUUGAUGCAACCCCCGACAGUGACAAUUUCCUGUCAGAACUUGCUGCUUCAAAGGGUGCGCAGACCAACAACCCCUUCCAGAUCUUCAAUGGUUCUGAGACCGAGGCCGAACAGAAGAUCACUCGUGCUUUGCUCCUCGGGGAGUUCGAGAAAGCUCUUGAUGUGGCUCUUCAGGAGGAUCGCAUGUCUGACGCUUUCAUGAUUGCCAUCUGUGGUGGUCAGAAGUGCAUUGAGAAGGCCCAGGAAUAUUAUUUCUCCAAGCAGUCGGGUGGUCCCAACUACAUGCGAUUGCUCGCUUCAAUUGUGGGCAAGAACCUGUGGGAUGUUGUGCACAACGCUGAUCUUUCCAGCUGGAAAGAGGUCAUGGCUGCUUUGUGCACUUUUGCCGACGAGAAGGAAUUCCCCGAUCUGUGUGAUGCUCUUGGUGACCGGCUUGAGGAGCAGGUUCGCAACACUGGUGACAAGACCGUUCGCAAAGAUGCCUCAUUCUGCUAUUUGGCUGGCUCCAAGCUCGAAAAGGUCGUGGCUAUCUGGGUUGAGGAACUACGCGAGAAUGAGCAGCGAGGAAUCGAAACAGAUGCGGACAACUCUACCUUCUCUAUUCACGUUCGUGCUUUGCAGGGAUUGAUCGAGAAGGUUAGCAUUUUCCGCCAAGUCACCAAGUUCCAAGAUACAGAACGCACCAAGGAGUCCGACUGGCGCCUCGGUACCUUAUACGAAAAAUACAUUGAGUAUGCUGACGUUGUGGCCACCCACGGCCGUCUCCAAAUUGCUCAGAAGUAUCUUGAUCUCGUGCCUGAGAAGCACCCCGAGGCUGAGGUGGCUCGUAAUCGCAUCAAGCUUGCUAUGAGACAGGCUCCUCAGAAGGCACAGGCCGGUGCUACCGCGAGACCUGGCAACUUCAAGCCUCUGCCCACUCAACCCAACCUCUACCAGCCAACGCAAACCUUCACCUCGGCGGCUCCUGCGACUCCUGCACCAUACGCACCUAUCACGCCUGCUGCUGCUCCCCAGCCGUCGUUGAAUGCUUAUGCGCCCCAGAAUGCCGGGCCCGCUCAGCCUGCUAACCCUUAUGCUUCGAUUGCCUCUGGUGGUGCUGGUUACCACCCCAACACCGGAUACCAGCCGACUCAGGGCAUGAAGGCGCCGGCAUACGGAGGCGUUCCUCCCCCUCCUCGUGCCGGAACUCAGUCGCCCGCUCGCCAAGUCACCACUUACACCACGGCCACUGGUCUGCCUGCAUGGAACGAUCUCCCGGAGGGCUUCGCCAAGCCCCCGAUGUCCUCACGUCGUAGCACUCCUGGUGCGGCUGCGCCUAUCAGCUCUCCGUUUGCCAACCAGCAAUCACCUCCUAUGGCCCAAGGGCCUCUCCCGCCCACAGGACCGCCUCAGCGGAUACCCUCUGUGCCUCCGCCUCCCAAGGCUGGAUCCCUCCCACCGCGCGUGACUUCCCCCUUGACCUCGAGCAUGGCACCCGGACCUACUCCACCGCCGCCUGUCAACCCUUAUGCCUCUCUUCCCCAGUCCCCGCUCAUGGCUUCGGGUAUGGCUCCUCCUCAGACUUCAAUCCCCCGGGGUCCCUCGCCAUACAAUGCCCCGCCUAGCAUGCCCCCGCCUACCAACCGGUACGCGCCUAGUCCGGCUGCUCAGGCUGCAAGCCCGCAAAUGCAGACUCGCGCCCCAGUAGCACCUCCUCCUCAAGGUGCCCCAGCGACAUAUGCUCCUCAACAAGCAGUCCAAUCUCCGGCGGCCAACCCGUAUGCGCCUAGCCCAGGUGCUGCCAUGCCACACCCUCCCAUGGCAGCGCAGGUCCCCCCUCCGCCCCAAGGACUUCCCCGGCAGGGAUCUCGUCCCCCCACGGCGACCUCUCAACGGGCACCUCCCCCCUCGACCCCCAAGUACCCCCCUGGCGACCGCUCUCACAUCCCUGCGAACGCCAUGCCGAUCUUCGAGAUCCUGUCAGCCGACAUGGCGCGCGUCAAGGCUCGUGCCCCGACUUCGUUCAAGGCCCAGGUUGAUGAUGCCGAGCGUCGCUUGAGUCUCCUUUUUGACCACUUGAACAACGAGGACCUGCUCAAACCUAACACUAUCGAGGACAUGGCCAAUUUGUCUCGCGCGAUUCAGAACCGCGACUAUGAGACCGCCCGCAAUAUCCACGUUGACAUCAUGACCAAUCGAACUGAUGAGUGCGGUAAUUGGAUGGUCGGCGUCAAGCGUCUGAUUAGCAUGAGCAAAGCUACCCCGUGA